AUGGGAAUCAAGCCCAUUCUCUCACACACAAGCGAUGGCAAGAGGAUUAGGGGAGAUAGGUCCAACACAAGGAACUUGAUGCCUUUCCUUGAUCAUCUCCUCACCUACAAGACCACGGCCUACAACACUCGAUAUCAACAAGGGAGACGACUAAGUGUUGGAGGACUCAUCACCCCUAUCUUGUGUGCUGCUGGCGUGAACCCAACUAAUAAGAGAGCCACUGAACCAGGGUGGAUGGACAUCAAAUUUUGCAAGGUCAACUACCUCAUAGAUCACAAGGAAGUGAAUGGGAGGUAUCAAUUUAAGUUCACACACCCCAUGGCUGGCCCUUCCAAGCUGCUCUUGCCCAACCCUGAGCUCACCACAGUUGUAGGAGGCAACAACAUUGACUUCAGCCCUCCACUUCACACGUUAGUUGGGCAUGAGGAUAAGUUGCGAGAAGAGGAGUCUGAACUCGAUCGAGCUGAGGAUCAAGUUGAGGACCACGCCCAAGUGAAUAAGGAAUUGGGUGAGUGA